GGGGGCGCACACUCAUUGCGUCACAACCCGGAAGCUCGGAGUUUCUGAUAAACAAAUACAACGUGAAGAUUUUAAUUUGACAUCUUCUAAUUAAAACCCGACAGAAACCUAGAAAUCUUUGAGUAAAGUUUAUUUUGUUUCGCAAUACGACCAGAUUAUUUAGAGUUAUUGUCCGGCAGCUCAUUGUUAUUGCUCGUAAUGUAGAAAUAGCGUUUGUUUCUGUCUGUUUGAGGAGUCCUGAUGAGGGAAUGCUGCAUGUUCUUCGCGGAUCAUAUCUGAAAAGUCCUCUGUGUCCACCAUGGCUUCGUCUCCGCUCACUUUAUUCCACACAGUGUCCAUCUGUUCAGGGGGAAGACACCACCCAGACCCGCAUGAACCCCCUUAACAUCCAAAUGCUCUCCAAAACCCUCCACGCACAGAUCUUCCGAGGUGUGGAGCCAGAAUACAAGCAGGAAGAUGUGGAUCGCAGCAUUCAGCACUUACAGAAGCACAAUUUGUGGGGCAAGGAGACUUCACUGUUGCCUGAUGUGGAGCUCAAACUUCCCCUCAUGUAUGGUGACAAUAUUGAUGAGCACUUUCGUUUACUUGCCCAAAAGCAAAGUCUUCCUUACCUCGAGGGGGCUAUUAAACUGCAGCAGGCUGAGCUCCCUCCUAUGCCAAAGGAGUGGACCUGGGCAGUUGGCUGGACAUGUUAUCAAACAAAUGGGGAAAGCAUGAAAGUGGAUUAUCCAGAGGAAUCCGCAUUGGUAUUUGAUGUGGAGGUUUGCACAACAGAGGGUCAGUGUCCUACUCUGGCUGUUGCUGUGUCGCCCACCAACUGGUAUUCCUGGUGCAGCAAACGUCUGAUUGACAAACGCUACUCUUGGUCAAAUCAGCUGACAUUAGCGGACCUUAUUCCACUGGAAACUUCCAUCAACUCAGCACGACCUCCGGGAGGACAGUGGAAGGAGAGACUUGUGGUGGGACACAAUGUCAGCUUUGACCGCGCUUACAUUAAGGAGCAGUACUUACUAAAGGGCUCUAAGGUGCGAUUCAUGGACACAAUGAGCCUCCACAUGGCAAUUUCUGGACUGACUGGAUUCCAGAGAACUCUUUGGAUGGCCAAUAAACUGGGCAAGCGAAGAGGCCUUCAGGAAGUUAAAGAACACAUCAGGAAAGCUGGGCAGAAAAGAGAUGGUCCAAUGAUUGGCUCGUGGGAUUGGGUGAAUAUCAGUAGCAUCAAUAAUCUGGCAGAUGUGCAUGCUCUUUAUGUGGGUGGACCUCCACUACAGAAAGAGGCAAGAGAUAUUUUUGUGAAGGGAAGCAUGAGUGAUGUGAGAAGCAACUUUCAGGAAUUGAUGCAGUAUUGCGCUCUUGAUGUAAAGGCCACUCAACAAGUCUUCACUGAGCAGUUACCACUAUUUAUGGAAAGAUGUCCACAUCCAGUGACCUUAGCUGGGAUGUUGGAGAUGGGCGUGAGCUAUCUACCUGUCAAUCAAAAUUGGGGGCGGUACCUGGAGGACUCUCAGGACACGUAUGAAGAGCUCCAGCGAGAGAUGAAGAAGUCGUUGAUGACAUUAGCUGAUGACGCCUGCCAACUCCUGCAUGAUGGAAGAUAUAAGGAAGAUCCAUGGCUUUGGGAUCUUGAAUGGGAUGUGCAGGAAUUCAAACAGAAGAAAGCAACGACUAAAAAGAAACAGGCCAAAAAGUCUGUUCCUGCUGCUCCUCUUACAAACUGGGAUGAUGAUGAAGGUCCACCGCCUGAAGACGAGGACGGCAUGAGCCCGAGUAGAAAAGCUUUAGAGGCAUUAAAGACCACAGCAGAUCGCCUUCCCAAGAGGAGACAACAUUUACCAGGGCAUCCAGGGUGGUAUCGGAAGCUGUGUGAAAAGAUGUCUCUGCCUGAUUGGUCACCCGGGGCCAGUCUUAUUAGCCUUCAGAUGAGAGUGACUCCAAAGCUCAUGGGUCUGACUUGGGACGGCUUCCCCCUGCAUCAUACUGAGAAACACGGCUGGGGCUACCUGGUGCCCGGGAGAAAGGAUAACCUGAAACCUUCUGAAGACAACACAGGCGCCGUAUGCCCACACCGAGCAAUUGAAACAGUUUACAAUGAGUAUCUUGAACGGAACAAAAAAGAAAAGUCAGUAUUAGAGUCCGACAGCCUUCCUGAAGAUCUCAUAUUCACAGAUACAUCAGUCUGGACAAAGGUGGAGGAAAUUAGCUCUCUUGAACGAAUGACAGAGGAAAAUGGAAUGAAGAAUGUACAAGAAAGGAUUAAAGGCAAAUUAAAUGGAAAGCCACCUGAUGUCUUAGAAGAGAGUCAUUGUCACUAUCACACUGGAAAUGGCCCCUACAACGACGUAGACAUCCCCGGCUGUUGGUUUUUUAAAUUACCUCACAAGGAUGGUAAUCAUAACAAUGUCGGGAGCCCCUUUUCAAAAGACUUCCUGCCUAAGAUGGAAGAUGGGACUCUGAGGGCCGAAAGUGGUGGGGCCAAUGCUAUUCGUGCUUUGGAGAUCAAUAAAAUGAUGUCCUUUUGGAGGAAUGCACAUAAACGUAUAAGUUCUCAGAUGGUUGUGUGGCUGAGGAAAGGAGAGCUGCCUCGCACCGUCAGCAGACACAAAGACUUUGAUGAUGAAGGUCUGUAUGGAGCCAUUUUACCCCAAGUCAUCACAGCAGGAACAGUGACACGCAGAGCCGUGGAGCCAACGUGGCUCACUGCUAGUAAUGCUAGAAGGGACCGUGUGGGCAGUGAACUCAAAGCCAUGGUGCAGGUUCCUCCUGGCUACCACUUAGUCGGAGCUGAUGUGGACUCUCAGGAGCUGUGGAUCGCUGCUGUGCUCGGAGAAGCUCACUUUGCAGGAAUGCACGGUUCUACUGCGUUUGGCUGGAUGACCCUUCAGGGUAAAAAGAGCCAGGGCACUGACCUACACAGUCGCACUGCUGAAACUGUGGGCAUCAGCCGAGAGCACGCCAAAGUCUUUAACUAUGGGCGCAUCUAUGGAGCAGGACAACCCUUUGCAGAGAGACUGCUAAUGCAAUUCAAUCACCGGCUUGGACAAACAGAAGCAGCCAGCAAGGCCAGGCAGAUGUAUGCCCUCACCAAAGGACUACGCAGGUAUCAUUUAUCUGAAGAGGGAGAAUGGUUGGUAAAAGAACUGGAUAUGGAUGUGGAGAGAGAGGAAGACGGAAGUGUGUCUUUGCAGGAGCUGCGCAAGAUCACAAGACUGUCCUCACAGUUGUCCAGGCGCAAAAAAUGGGACAUAGUUGGCCAUCGUGUUUGGUUUGGAGGAACAGAGUCAGACAUGUUCAAUAAACUGGAAAGUAUAGCACACUCCUCUCUUCCAGCCACUCCAGUCCUGGGCUGCAGAAUCAGCAGAGCGCUGGAGCCGAGGGCAGUUAAAGAUGAGUUUAUCACCAGCAGAGUGAACUGGGUGGUGCAGAGUUCUGCGGUGGACUAUCUUCACCUCAUGCUCGUAGCAAUGAAGUGGCUGUUUGAGGAAUAUGACAUUGACGGUCGGUUUUGCAUCAGUAUUCACGAUGAAGUGCGUUACCUUGUCAGCAGUGAAGAUCGUUACCGUGCAGCGCUGGCUCUUCAAAUCACUAACCUGCUCACAAGAAGCGUCUUUGCUCAUGCUCUGGGAAUGCAGGACCUCCCACAGUCAGUGGCCUUCUUCAGUGCAGUGGACAUUGAUCAGUGUUUAAGAAAAGAGGUCACUAUGGACUGUGUGACCCCGUCUAAUCCCACAGGUGUAGAACGAAGAUACAACCUCGCUCCAGGUGAAGCUGUGGACAUCUAUGACAUACUUGAAAUAACAAAAGGUUCUCUGGCAAAAGGCAAAUGAUUUUAAAUGAACAGACUUGAG